UUCAUUUGCGUUUCUCUUUUACAUGCGGCUGCAGUGUGUGAAGUGAACGUUAAAAUGGAGGAUGUACUGGACGAGAUCGUUUCCUCUGAGGAUUUGAAAAAAUAUGAGUGUAUGUACAAUGAACAGCUGCACAAUGGGUCAGUAGAUCAAAAGGCACAGUUUCAAUAUGCCUGGUGUCUGGUGCGGAGUAAAUACCCAGCAGACAUCAGGAAAGGUAUUAUGCUUCUUGAAGAUUUGUAUGCCAAUAAUGGCGAAAGUGAAAAAAGGGACUCUCUAUACUAUCUUGCCAUUGGUAAUGCGAGGAUAAAGGAAUAUUCACAAGCAUUAUCUUACGUUCGCUCUUUUCUUCAAAUUGAACCUGGGAAUACCCAAGUACAGCAUUUGGAACAGAUUAUCAAAAAAAAAAUGGAUAGAGAGGGACUCAAAGGCAUGGCAAUAGCUGGAGCUAUUGUAGGUGUAGCCGGUAUCUUAGGCAUUGGGUUUGCAAUGGCAAAAAAAGGUUAGAUUAUUGAAGAAAAAAUGUGGGAUUUUUUUUCCAACAAAAAAAAAAAAAAACAAAGAAAUUCAGAAUCAUUGUAACUGAUGAUCGUGGCAUUUGAUUACAGACAGGAAAUAGCUAUGCCUAAGUUAUAUUAUUUGUUAUCAGUUGAGAUGUUGGAUCUUUGCUUUGACUUACACCUGUAUCUUUUUAAUGUCGCUUGUCAUCAUCGACAUUCCACUAAGUAUUAGAAAACCAAUGUGCUGUGUGUGAAAUCCUUUUUUUGUAUGCUAAUGUGUAAGGAAGGUCAACGUGAAAUUAUUUUAAACUUCAAAAAAUCUCCAAGUGAUUUUUGAAGUUGUAAAAAAAAAAAUAAAUCAACAUUUUCUAAAUGUACAUAAGUUAACUAGUCAUCCUCAGCUAGCUUAAAAAUGAAAGUCUAGUAAAAGUUGAUGAGAUCAAGCUAGUAAUAAUUUUCCAAAUAUUUAUGUACCAGAAAAAGAUGUAAUUACUUUUUAAGAGUUACAUAUUAUUUAUAA